CAAACUAAGCAUAUGAUCAAUUCCAUGAUUGUUUUAUUACUAAUAUUGUCAUAAAAUUCAUAUUAUUGUAUGCGUAUUUUAUAAGUAUUAGAUAUUUAUUGUAACAAAAAAAAAGUAUUAGAUAUUAUUAGCCGUAUUAAAAAAGAAAGAUAUUAUUAGCUAUUUCAAGUUGAUGAGUAAUUUGCUUUGAGAAGAGUCUAUGCAAAUAUUUUCGCUUUGUGAGAAAUCGAUACGACACAAGUAAAUGGAUGCGGCCUUUUCCUAUCUUCCGUGGUGGUUGUCGAGUAGAAAACAUCAAAAGCCAAAAACCUCAAAUGGGUGUUCAACAAAUUCUUCACCUGAUUCUGUUACGAGGGAAUCAUCAAAUGUUUUGAGAUUUCCUUUUGUUAAUGAGGAAAUUGUGCCUUCCACUUCAAGAAAGGUGAAGGACGAACGACAUAGUAGGGAAGAGGCGAAAAUUGAUAAGGAAUGUGAUUUUGUUAUCGUUCCGUUUGAUGGUGGAUUCGUUGAUUCUGACGCUGAAUCUGUUGCUUCUGAUUGGUCUAUUGGCUGGUUGGAGCCUCAUGGAACCGGAUUUUCUAAUGAUAAUGACGAAAGUCAUGAAACAGAUAACAGUUUUGCUGUGCUUGUUCCUUGUUAUGGAUACAAUUACGGUGCCAUGUUGGAGGAGGGUCCUAAAAGCAACGUACUAAACAAUGUUGGGAACUUCUCAUAUGAGAGCAAGAAAUGUGUGGAAAGUUGGAUAUCUUCACUUAAUAAUACCUGAUGUAAAUAUAUACAAUUGUACACCGUAAACCUGGAGGAAAAAAACUCAUGUACAUAUGAAAUUUUUUCAUAAUGUAUAUGUCAAUCAUGCACUUAGAUUUGUAUAUAAUUAAACAAAUUAAAUAAAAAAAUGUGUAUAA